UUUUCCGGCAACUUUCCGACAACUUUUCCGGCGACUUUCGGACAACUUUCCGGCGACUUUUCCGGCAACUUUCCGACAACUUUUCCGGCGACUUUCGGACAACUUUCCGGCGACUUUUCCGGCAAUUUUUGGACAACUUUUUCCGGCAAUAUUAUUCCAAGGAUGUCGAAUGCACCUAGACUCGACUUUCAAAUGCUUGACUCAACGGGUUCGGAAUACUAUAGUUGGGUAACCGACGUUGAGAACCACCUCACUUCAAGAGGGAUAUUGCCCAUAAUUCAAGCUCCUAAUCCAGGCCUUGUGUUCCAAAGAACACCUACAAAGCAUGCACAAGCUAUUAUCUUGAUGCGGCGCCAUAUGGAUAAAGCUCUCAGACUAGAGUAUAUGUCAAUGAGAGAUGCUCGAGACUUAUGGGUAGCGCUAGAAGAGCGUUUUGGUAAUAUCCAAGAUACCCUCCUCCCUGACUUGAAGGUUCAGUGGAAUAAUAUACGCUUCUCCGACUUUAAGUCUGUUGCAGAAUAUAAUUCGGAAGCUCUUCGACUCAAAGCUAUGUUGAAGUUCUGUGGAAAGCCUCUCACAGAAGAUGAGCUACUUGAGAAGACUCUCUCCACCAUUCCCGUCUCAGCAAUUGUGAUAUCAAAGCAAUUUCGCACAGAAGUCAAUGCUGGACGAAUUACAAGGUUUAAUGAGCUUAUUAAUAUUUUGUCGGUAUCUGAAAAGUACGACAACAUCCUUGUAAAGAAUUAUAAUUCUAGGCCCAUAGGAACCAAGAGCGUCCGUGAGGCAAAUUAUAAUGCACCCAAAAAGGGGCGCAAGCAGCAAUACCCUAAUAAUAAGGGACAAGAAAGGCGUACGGGCCCAUAUAACCACCCCAAUAAAGAGAGAAACCGCAACUUUAAAGCGGACACUCGUGGUGGCAACUUCACACGUGGUGGUAACUCCACACGUGGCAACUUCACACGUGGUGGCAACUCCACACGUGGGAGAGGUGAAUAUAAUAACAAUAUGGGCCGUGGAGGUCGCAUCAUAAGGCGUGGUAGUAGCAGUAACCCUCCUAGGGAAUAUCCACAACAUGGACAAACUGCACCUCCAAUGAAAGGAGGCAACCAUAAUGACGUGUGUCAUAGAUGCGGAUCAAUCGAGCAUUGGUUCAAACAAUGCCAUGCAAGUACUAAACUAGCUGCAAGCUACAAACAGUAUAGGCAAAACAGGGAGCAAGAAUCCAACCUUGCCGAAAAUGAAGAUAGUGAAGAUGUCAAUCUCACAAUAGAGGACUUCAAAGCUGAACAAAUGCACGAGGAUGCAGCAGACUUUGAUUAGAAUAGUCCUUUUCUAUUUUCCAAGGGCAAAUGUGCCUUAAUCAAUAACAAUU